UUCAAAUUGAAUUUCCAACCGCAACCCCAUUUCAAAAAAUACAAAUUAAUUUCAAUUUCAAUUUCAAUUUCAAUUUCAAAACUCAAAAAUUGUGAUCAUGAAGAAGAUCGGACGAAGAAGCUGAGUCCGGAGUAAGCAGCCUAAUUACGCACAAAAAAAAACGACCACUUCUAUCAGUCUUUUGCAGAGGUGGACUCUGCAUUAUCUGCGCUCGUGCUCGCGAGACAUUUCUUAGAGUGAGGUAAAAAAUAACCUCCGAGGAGUAGUUACAGGUCAACUUCUCAUCCACCCGGCCGGGUGGAUGAGAAGUUGGCAGGCGUAAAGGAUCCGCCUGCUACUUCUCCUGAGCGGAAAUAAAUGCAAAGAAACUGGUAGUGAUGGUUUUUUUUCCUUGGAAAAACAUCGAAGUUAGUUCGUCGUUGACCGUCGCAGUCUCAACAAGAAACAGCAGAAAUAGGAGGGAAGCAUUCAUGCCGAUGCCAGCCGAGCGGUACAAAAAUCUUGAUUUUUGUCAAAAGAGACUAGAGCAUUCUUGCUCAAUUCAUUCUGGUGCUUGUAUUUUAACUUUCGACAACAUUCAUACGUCCAACUCCCUUUCUCAGAUCUGCUUGCCCGGAGCGCGGCGUCAGCGUGAGGAGGCAUGAUGCCGGCUGGAAAUCAUGUGCGUCGCAACCGAACAAAUCCGAGCUGCAGCAGAAGCGGAAAACGAGGGAAACAUUCGUGCCGUUGCCAGCCGAGCGGUAUAAAAAUGUUGAUGUGCGUGUGCGUCAAACGAGACAAGAGCGUUGUUGCUGACAGCUAUUCAUUGUGGUGGUUCAUCUACUUUAACUUUAUUUGACAUCCAGGCUUCUAAAAACGCCAGGAGGGAAAUACAUUCUCUGUCUCAGAUUCGCUUACCCGGUGGAGCGUGAAGCCGGCGCUGGCCUGAGGGAGCCUACUACCGGCAGGAAAUGUGCGUCGCAACCGAACAAAUGUGAGCUGCUGCAGAAGCAGACUAGGGAUGACUCCACCGCCGCAGGAGCUUCGACGGGAACUCGGCGAGAACAUUCCUUGAAAAAAAUCAGGCCUCCAUCCUGGAUCCUCGUCGCGAUUCUCGCCGUGUCUCCAUCCGGUAUUUUCGGGUAUUAUUGGGAACAUGAGGCGCAGGCGCGCCGUCACAAAGCACGGCGCGAACACGACACGGGCGGGAUGCUUAUCAGGCGGAAGAUAACCUCCAGCCGGGCGUGUCUCCUUGGUCCCUGAAGGGAGCGCGAGUCGAGGCGAACGGGGUGUGUGCAGUUGCAUGUGAUCUUGAAAACAAUCUGUGCGUUCGUAUCCGUGGGCGUUCUUGGCAGCGACUUCGCGUUAUGUACCGUUGGCCCUUUGGGUGUCGGUAAUGGUAUGGUAUUUUCAGUGUCAAUCAGCAAAGUAGGUACUUAGUGUGAUGAUUAGAGAACUAUGAACGCGGUGGGAGGUUAUUUCUUCUUGAUAUUUCGCUAUCAUGAUCACUCGGACUAUGAGAGCAGCUGUACGCCAAAGAAAAAGGCUAGCAUAGCAUAUUAAUUUGAAGUGCAGAAGCCGAUUGCGAUUACGCAGAGCACCUUUCGCCCUCGUGUAUAACCCUAAACAUCAGCAUGGCCAUGGCAUGAGGAGUUUUCCCCCACCCGAUAUGGCUGAUUUUUCUGUGCAGUUCUUUUUGCAUUGCAAAAUAAAAUGCUAGCUUUUUUCUGUGUGACAAGUUCCAUGUUCGACUUCGAAGACGACAGCGACUGGCUUUCUGCGCUCGGUGGAGAGGUGGACCAGCCGAACCGGUUCGAAACGCGCGAACAAGAAGGCCGCGAGCAGACGUUUAUGGAGAAGUCAGCAUCAUCUAGUUCUUACCAUACAAAUAGUGGCAGAUUUCCUCGUUCUUCACAACGUUCAGUUCCACCAACAAGGAGGGGAAACUCCUUUUCUGGCUCGGACAGCGAGGAAAGCACGGUGGUAUCCAUCGGCGACCCUGGUCGCUCUCGCACACCACCUCCUCUACGAGACCGUGCGCGGGUUGGGAGGACAUCAGAUCCGCAGUCACGGAACGCGGGGGGCGUGGUGCCUGGGGGUCCGUCUGCUUCUCGCGGGGCUCCGCAGCCAUACUCGACACCUCAUUCGCCUCCUCUCGAGCGGAACAAUUAUAUGGAAGAAAUCGCCUGCAGCUCGCAUUGCUUUUUAUCGUCUCACCUUCUACUUGAACUAGCAAAUAUCACACAGCUAUACAUAGGUACCCCUAGCCCGCCUACUAGCCCUAUGUAGUUACAGUUUGAGUAGCCAGGCGGUGGUAACGAAUGGUGCUGCGAUGUAGGUACUGGUUGCCGAUGUGGAUGUAGUGACCACACUCAACAACACCGGGAGCCCGAGGACUCGACAGAAGAUAUGAGAUAGGAUCUUUUCUGGCACAAAUUUCUCGAAAGUGUUUGCAGGAGAACAUAGCAAGGAGUCGUGGCACCGACUUGUCGAGCGCUUUCCACCACCAGUGUCUACUUGUCACAGCAGAAGUUCGCGAAAAACAAAGUAGCAGCUCUGUGCGUUGUUGAGACUGAUGUCAAAUUUAGUUUGGAGCCGCAUCAACACGAUCUCAAGUAGAUGAUACUGCAGAGCUGUAGUCUUUUUCUUAUGGAUCGUCGACCCAGGCACCGGCACGGCAGCAGCGCAGCCACAAGACUGGCUUGCCGAUGGUCCUAACCAAGGUACCUGCAUUUUUAGAACCGGAACAUGGGUUCAGCUUUUUCGCAACUGAGAUGAUGAAAAGAUCAAAAAAUCUACAUAUUGCGUGGAGAAGAAACAAUGAUACAGAGCCGGAAUCUGACCCUGAGUCACUCUUCCGCUUAAUAUUGAAUGAUUACUCCGUGCGGCUUUCAGUUUCACAUUCACUCGCUGUGCUCUUGCGUAUCGCCAUCUCGUUUGCUGGUGGCUUCUUGCGCUGUUGUCUGACCUUUGUCAUUCGCGUGGCGAUAGCCUCCGUUUGAUAAUCACGCAUAGAACAGGAAGGACGAGCGUUCGACCUGGUGAUUUGUCGGACCACUCGUUUGAUGCAAGCCUCGAUUUUACAUGGUGAACUUUUUUUUCUAUGUUACUUACCACAGAUGCCGAUUGGUACAGCCGACUUGUGCAGGGAACGCCGACGCCCGGGAUCGCCGCGCAGAAAAGGGCGCCCGCCCCCUUGGCGCCAGCGCUCAGAGAUGCGAACCCUCAAACGGGGCGUGAUGAAAAUUUCGCGUGGAUGACGGAAGUGCUUGCGGAGGGCGGCACCAACGGGUUCAAUCCGGCUUUUUUCUUGGCCCACGCCGAAGCUUUUUUUGACCUUGACUGGAGUGGAUCAUAUCAAUUUGCAGACGCAGAGAGACAGGAGCUCGUAGCUAAGUUUCGUACGCUGAAUCGGCACUGGGUGAUAUUGUGGCGGCAGGCUGAGCAGGUCGAAGAGAAAAUUCGUCUGUGGGAGAUGCUCAACAAAGAGGCAAAAUCAGAAGUCAAGGCAGUCCGGGAAAAAGCGCGGAAACACCUGCAGCGGUUUGAAAUGGAUUCGGAUGCGCCAGCAUUCGACAACAUUGAGCUUAAGCCUUCUUUGCAAGAGUUGAAGCAAAUGAAAGAAGCCGAGAUCGAAAACGUUCGCGUGAUGAUCGAGUUGACUGCUCAGGACGUGAAUGCCAUUCUUCUAGAGAUGGUCCGCUAUCCCUCGAUCGGGAAAAAGCGAGCCGUGAUGGAGCCCGUCGUGGACGAAAGAGAAAAGCGAGAACUUGAAAGUGCUGUCAACUUCUCUUUGAUGUGGGCAAAACCAAAAGAAGGGGAAGCUAUUGGCAAGGACGAGUCGUACGAUGUUUUGGAAGGUCGCUGCCUUGAAGCGUGCGUGCUGAAAAAAAGCUGUAAAGUUGCGAAAAUCACGGUCGUCAAGGGUUCUCCGUCAGGCGACGGUUCAACAGUCAGUAUGCGCGACGCAGCCAUCGGGCCUAGCAAAAAAGACAAACAGACAUUUUCUUGUCUGUCGGGUUCUAGAACAAAACAAGAAGGAACAAACCAAUCAAAAAGACCGAAGUUGUCGCGCUCGAGCUCGACCACGCUUCCGGACAUGCGGAAGCUUACCAGGGCCGAUUUCUGGGGAGAAGGAAAAGGCGCGACGGGGUUUGAGUAUCUCUUCAAGAAGGGCAGGCAAACGGAGGCGGAGCAAAAGGAAGUCGACGAGGAGAUACACACGUCCUGGGAAGUGUUGGUCGAGCAAAAAGGGGAGGCGGACCGGCAAGCGCGCCGUCUUGCGGUGCUCAAGCGUACCAUGUUGCUUCUCGAACUAGAGACGUGGUUCGUGGAUUCUUUGAUUCAGCAAGCAGAUGCAGGAGACAGCGCGGACGUAUUCUUCAUUCCAGACGCGGGUCUUGUCCUGCGAACACUUGAAUACAUCAACGACCUACAAAACGAAAAAAUAGCCCCUUACCCAGCUCAUUCGAUUCGGAACAUCACAAGUAUGUAUUUUUUUUUUGCGAUCACAGCGUGGACGUCGACGUGCACAAACGGAAAAGCUGUCGGCUGACAUCCUUGCACUGCUUGCGCGGGCCGCGGAUUUAGCUAGCGGGCGGAGCAAGCGGCCCCUGUUUGUAUUUCACUGUUCUGGUUGACUAGACCGCUCUGGUGGCCCCCUGCCUUACCGCUCCCGUGAUCAAUUAAGUAGGCAGAAGCCGGCAGUACACCGCUACUCGCGCAAUCGGUGGGUGGGUCGACCAGAUGUACCAUUACCAAGCAAAGAAUUGUAAAGCCACAGUACAGCAGAAGUACACAGGUAUCACGCUGGACUCGUCUUUAUCGGCUCUGAAACGGACAUUGAUGAAUAGCGUGGCAGGGCCAGACUAAAUAUCAAAGGAAAUUAUAUAUGCCUCGCCAAAUUAAGGUCGGUGUUUGGUGUAGGGGUAUUUUUUAUUUUGAUGCAAUGUGGUGCGUGGUUUUGAAAUGGCUGUGGAAUGGCAGUUUCAGACGGCGAUGGGCAAGACGUACGAGAUCGUUGUUGAGGCGUUUUCUUCCGCGAAGGACAAACCGGUGGAAUUUAAGGCUGCUUCCUUUUUGUUAGUGUCGGAAUCGGAAACGCGGGAGGAUGGCUGUGCAGAAAGUUCAUCCAGCGGCGCCGCCGAGAAUCACCGCGCCCUUCUCGGUACUACUGGGACAAAUGAAGCGGGAGCAGCGGAGGCCGGCAGCGGCAUGGUCUUAUCGGGGGGGGGCUCCGUGGGCGAGAGCCGUGCAGGCGGGAUUUUUGCACCAGAGCUUGGCGAAGGAGGGUCAGCCUCGGCGCAUUCCGGCGCAUUGGCGCCGGUGCCCACCGCGUCCUUUGUGGAGCUGGGACAACGAGCGUGUGCUCCGGUGCCAACAGUAGCACAAAACACGGGUGGAUUCACCGCACACACAGUCGGAAGUAUCUUCCAAGCAGGUUUCAGAUCACUCGGACCUGUUUAUCACGAUCCCGUCACUCAGCAAGCCCAUGGCGGGCACUACAUGAUCUCUGGCACUAUGAAGAAGAUGGCGCUGUACCAGAUGAAAGGUUUUGCGCACGCGACGGGACUUUCUCACCUCGGGCCAGCAGCUACUGCGAUUGGCGGUUUUUCCAAGUUUGUCUUCGGUAGCGCUGCGGGAUUUGUUGCGGCAAACCCACAUGCAGCCGCGGCGAUCGGUGGGGCGGCGCUUGCUGUCGUGGCAGGAAAAAAAAUUCAGCGCGCACACACCAAACUCAGACGACAAGCGGACGAGGCUAUCCGCACGACAUGGAAUCAAUUGAGAGGCAACAUCGAGUGGAAUAGUGACGAACGGAACGCCGAUAUUAUGGGGGUACUCGCCAGGGGGGUGGCCUCGGACAAGGGUAUGCUGGGCUAUAGCCAGUACGAUGACCCGAGAGAUUUGAUGUACCAAAAUGAACUCUGUCUCCGGUCCAGACUCGACGGAAAUAAUGCGAGGUGCGAGCCACUCUGCCGCUGGAUUUGAGUUCGAUCAUCAUGGGGCCACACUGUUUCUGCAUACCACUCGUUUGCCACUUAACAUGCAUCGGUAUAGAACGUUUCGUUCUACAAUCUUUUCUCAGAGUCCUGUUUGUCGCAAGUUUUUUUAGGAAUCCCAUUUUAUUUGCUGGGCGUCGCGUCGCCCUCGUCGGAUAGAGCAGUCUGUCUCAACCGCCAUGUAACUGCUCAGACGGCAGGGCAUCGCGGCUGCGAUUCGAGAGACGUUACAGCGUUUAGGCCUAGGGUUUGUGGUCCAAGCGUUGAAAUUCUAGGUUAGUUCCAAGCUCCAAUUGGUAUGAUGCCAGCACGCGACUAGAAAGAUAGGUGUAAGGAAGGACAAAGAAUUGGGCGGCUACGGCUACUGCCUACGUGUACGCCAAGUCCGAAGUCGCUGCGUUCGGGCAAUGAGCACGCCAGUAUUGCUUAUGUGCGAAUCCGUUAGAAGUAUGUAGAACAGCAAGACUUUCAUUUGCAGAAGCGACGAAAUGAACAUAAAGCCGGCUGCACCGCGCGCAAAGGCCCGGGUUUGUCCUUUUUCUGAGUCAGGCAGAAGCGACUCUCUGUCUUGCGUACAAACCUGCCGAAAAUUGAAACGUGUACAAGGUUUUCAGAACGUGCAUCACCCUCGCAUUGUUUUGUUUGGGCCGGCGCCGGGGACGAGUUUCGUCUUGGUAUCGCGCAGCCACAGCCGAAACAGGAUGUCCAGGAGAUAUCACAUUUGAAAAGACCCGGCAUCAACAAGACGAUAAGACCUAAUCUGUUGCGAUAGCACAAUUCAGUAGCGCGCGACCUGUGCAAAAAGAGCAGAGUCCUUCCUGGGAAGAGGUGCGGAAGGCUGAGCCAGUCUAUGGUUUCUUACUUUAGCCCAGUGUAGGUAUAAUUCGUCGACGAGUUAUUUGUACGGUUAAGGUUGCGCCAGCGUCUGGAUGGAAACCCAAAAACAUGCAACGAAUUCGCAACUUGGAGGUUUUUCUAGCUUUCAUCUAUUUGGAAGAAAGUGUUCAUUUUAUUUACCGGUCUUAUUGUUCUCAUCUUGCCUUUGGGAGUGUUUUUCAUAGGAUAGCGGGCGCGACGGGAGAUGGAGCAGCUACGUGCCGAAAACUUGAAACUCCUGACACUUGGAGCGGAACGCAUGUCCCAGGAGGCACGCUUUAAGCUCGACAAGGCCAAAGACAAGCUAGAGAGUUUGAGACCUCCAAAGAGAGAAAGCUCGUCUGCGAAAGAAACCCAGGAGAUAGAGGAUCUGCGAAAGUUGCAGCAGGUGUAUGAAUCCGAGGGUACCAGGGCGACCCUCAAAGCGGCGACCAUCGUCAAUGUGUGGAUGGAGGUGGCGCUUGCAAAGCUCGUAAGCAUGAAAGAAGUGUGGCCUGAGAUGAAGCAAAUCACGACUGCCACGCAACCACGCCCUGCGGAAAUUAUCAUGAGGAAAAAUCCUAUCGUCACAUCCUCAAGCGAAUGCUACUAGAAAUGCCGGCUUGGCGGCUACUUUGUCAUGCACAGUAGGGGAAAGCAAAAACUCGAUAUACUAUAUUCAAAUUUAUAGGCCAAGGCCUACCAACAUUCUAAUUGUAGCUGCUCAGGAUUGCAUAUUUAUAUUUUUUCGGCGAAUUUGAAGUGGAGAUCGCUCGCAAAAUAAAGUUCGCGGCUGCGGCUCCUUUCCCGGCAUGCAAGAAAAAUCCACAUCUGGUGGCAGUGAAACGAGCAUCGUUAAAAAUCUUGCUUAGAGUGUGUGUGGGGGCUUUUCCUUUUGAUAAUAGUAUUAAAGUGCGCGACUGAAAUUGCAGAGAGCCUGACUGAAAUUUCAAAAACAUUAGAAACGACCAUAUCCAAGAAAAAAAGUGCUUUCAUUGUGAAAAUGUAUUCUAGACCAAUCCAAGUGCAAGACAAAAAUAUCCAUUGUGAAAAUGUAUUCAAGUGCAAGACAAAAAUAUCCAUAUCCGCCGGAAGGUAUAUCUAUUCUCACAGAGUGUUACACGUGCUAAAACGAAAACCAGCCGUAUGGAUCGAUCUCGACCUACAAAUUUGAUGUGAUGCAGAUUCGCUUGUAAAAUCAAAAAAAUUACGACGGUAAGUGCACUUUUUUGCUUUGAUAUUCGAAAGACUGCGUCGGAGACAUUGCAAAGAAUCGAGGACAAAAUGGAAAAUUGUCCCAAACGCAGCAGGAAACGUUGAAGAAAAACCUCGAACAGUACAUCGAAGGGUUCAAAAAAUUAGAUCCCAGGGCGGUUUCUCCAGGGUCUGGCUUGGAGAGUGGCACGAAGCUGUUUCAAGGCGAAAAUAAGAGACCUCCAGAGCUGAAGUUUAGAAACGGAAACGCAGGAAAUACACUGCUGGACAGCGUCAAGAGUGAGCCUUUGUUUCAGUGGACCUGCCUCGGUAAUAAAGACCGCAGCAUUGCUGAGCGCGAGCAGUGCACGCAGAGACGCAAUGAAGCUUUUGCCGGGCGCUGCCUGAAAGACUGCGUCCAAGACAACAACUGCGUCGCCGUUGCGCUGCUCGCCGAUGCGGAGGAGGAAGGUUCUCUUGAGUGUCUUCUCGGGGAGCUGUAUGAGAACGGAGCCCGCCCCCAAGGAGAGCUAGUACCACCCCCGGAGCCAUCGAAGGCCCCUCUGGGAACGGUGGGACCCCCGAAGGAAUACGCAUGGUUUGUAAAGCAACCCAGCAGUGGGCCGCUGUCAUACGACGCAGGAAAUAUCGUUCGGGCUAAGACGCCUCUGAGCAAAGCGGCUUCGUUUGCUAGACACGGGAAAAAGGAGCAGUUUGAACAGGUCCUGCAGUGGGAAGCAGCAAAGGAGCUCAAUCUGAACGGGGGGUACGUGUAUUUGGGGAUGAAGGGACACGCCUCCUCUUGGCCACGCGUUCUACGUGGGGACUCAAAUAAUGACUCCCAGUACGACGAAAAGAUGGACAAUCCGCCCGUCCGGUAUGUCGCAUUUGAGUUCGACCCGGAGUUAAAGGAGAGACUCGCUGCGUUUGUGACCGAAGCUCAAAUGAUUUUUCGGCAUGCUUCCGAAAUCGAGCGGAGAAUCCCCGCGCCGCAAGACGGCUCACCUGUUACAAAAAAAGAGACUUCGGGAGAACGACGCCUCGAGGUACAAAGGACUGGCAAGGAGGAGUCCUUGAACGCCAUGAAGUACCGCGCGGCCCAUGUUGAAAGCGAAAUUCUCCGUCUCGACCUGCUGUUGACUAAAUACGUUAGGGAGUUCACUCCGCUACGUUUGCUAAAAGUGGAGGACGCCAAGCUUUUUUUUCGAUCCGGUUCCGACCGAAGGCGUCUAGAAGUUAUCUCAUUGAAAGUAUUCUCGUGCUUCCAGUCAAGAGAACCAGUGCGCAUGUCCUGCAACGAUAUCCGACGCCCAUGAGGCAGCCUUUUUGCAUGAAAUGGAAUCACGCCUUCUUUUCUGACAGUGUCUCCCCACUGACUGCUCGGUUUCGGUUGGUUUAGCUUGGCGCAAACUCCUAGAGUGAACCAACGACUACAACGUAAAGUUUUUUUUUGCUCGCACGAGACUUGGUCUCACGUAGCGAUAAUGCACCAUGAGACAGAAGAGCCUCUGAAUUCAUACGUCUUAUCUUUCGCUAAUAGAAGAAGCGACUGGGCCGACCAGUUUUGCUGAUGCAUAUUUAAGUAAAUCAUUUCAGUUUCUUCCUUUCGUUUCUUGUAUUUCUUUUCACCGCACUAUGCAUGUACGGCAGGAGUGCAGCGGCAGCGCAAGGAAGUGGGAACGCGUUCGAUUGCUGGAGAGGCAGAGAAUAGUUUCUGUAUGAUACUGUAUGAGAAGAUGGAAGAUCGUAGAUAUGUCCUUUACCCUAUGUCGGGUGAAAGUAGGGAUGAUGAAGACUUGAACAAGAACAUCCCAUAUCGAAACUCAAAAAGCCAAUCGCGCGGUGUGAAAUUGGCCAAACGAUAUGGAACCAGCGCGAAAACACGGGAGCGCCAAACGAUCCAAACCUUCGCCAAAGCGCUUAAGGAAGCUGACGACACGGGAGACGCUUUCGCUGAUGAGAGCGAGAGGCGCGAAGCGUACCAGGACCUGGACUGGGAGUUUUUGAGAAACAUACUCCGCGUUGCUAUUCAAGAGUCCCUUGAAUUUUCCCAGGGCACUAUGAACUUUCUGGAUGAAUACAUGGGUGAGUUCGUGCGCCAGCCUCCACCAAGUGGCGACGCUUCUGAAAACGAGACAC